AUGGAGGGAGAAGGCUGUAAUCCCGGUGUAGCUAUAGAUUCAGGUAAUCCACUGCUGAGAGCAGUGUUCCUCCGUCGUCUGAGGCUCACCCGACUGCUCCUGGAGGGCGGCGCUUACAUCAACGAGAGCGACAGCCAAGGGCAGACGCCCCUCAUGGUGGCCUGCAGGACCCAGCACAUCGAUGCCCAGAGCGCCAGCCGGGUCAAGCUCAUUCAGUUUCUUCUGGAGAAAGGAGCAGACCCCAACAUCCAGGACAAAGAGGGUCGCUCUGCUCUGAUACAUGCCUGCCGGGAGCAGACCGAUCCAGAAGUGGUGUCUCUGCUCCUGGCCAACGGGGCGGACAUUAGCCUGGAGGACCAGACUGGGACAUCAGCGCUGGUCUAUGCAGUCAUGGCUGGAGACUGGAAAGUGCUGAAGCUGUUGCUCGACACAUGUAAGGCAAAGGGGAAAGAGGUGAUUAUCAUAACGACAGACAAAUUCCCUUGUGGGAAACUACAAGCCAAGCAGUAUCUCAGCAUGGGACCCCUCGGUUCUCUUGAUCAGAUGACAACCACUGCUCCUGCCUCCCCAUCUGAAAUCCAGCUCAUCACCUCCCCCCAGUGCACCUCCUCUUCCUUAUGCCCCCCAAAACCUGUCUUUUCCUUUAAAGAUGCACAGAUCUGCGGUGUAAGCUCCCAUCCAUGUUCCCCGUCCCGGCUUCGGGGGCUUGGCCAAGCAGCACUAAAUGGACUGCAGCAGCCUCUACUAAGGCUGAACUCUGAGCCCUGGUUAAAGAUCCCAGCAUCUCUGCUCACCCACCAAACUCAUGCAGCUCUGUCCUCAGAGAUGGGCCAAGACUUUACCCUGGCUGAUGAACACUCUUUUAGAGUUUGCAAACUAGAUGGAGACAACAGUACACACAGCUUCAACUGGUGUGAAGGAAAAUUUGCAAGAGAUAAAGGAGACGGAAAGAUUGAUUGUGCCAAACAUGUAGGGCAAAAGAUAUCCUUACCAGGUCUUCUAUCAUCCCACUCUGCCUCCCAUCCCAAUCUGCAUUCUGGAAACCUUAGUACAGAUUCAUCCACCUCCUCUUCCUCCCUUUCCGGUGGCAAAAACCUCAGCACACCCCUUCACAGCAUGGCCUCAUCCAGCCUUCAUAGCGUCAUCCAGAGACGCAAGUUAGGGACAGACAUCUACAGCUCUGACCCUCAGCUAGCUGUAGACAUUCAAACUCUCCCUGAAGAGCAAAGAGCCAGAGAUCCAACGGACGGCAAAAGGCUGGUGCCAAUACGCUGCUCCAGCAUGCUGGGCUCCAGGGAGUCACUGUCGGGCCCCAGCAAGAGACUCCUAUCUGGGUAUGAGCGCAGAGGGUCCGGUGCCUUUUUGUUGGACCACAACUCUCAGGCCAGGCCUCGAUCUUUGCCACCUCUAAUCAACACCCCCAUCCUUAACGGUUUUAACCUCAGCUCCGGCAGUGGAGGUAGUUUCUCUGAGAAACAUUUCAUGCCCUCUGCUCCUCCUGGGCAGCCCAAAGAGCUGACCAGAAGGAUGUUGCUGAGGAGACACUCGAUGCAAACCGAACAGUUCAAAAGCACAGCUUGA